CAACAACAUGUAUUUCUCACGCUGAGAAGCAAGGGGUAUCUUCUUGUCAGACGCAGGCAUUCGGAGGUAAAUGUUCUUCUGAGAUGAGAGCUGUCUCGAGUUACACACGAGUUAAAUGCCACCUACCAGCCAAUCAGAAACACCAGCAAUUUGUUGCGGAACGGAAAAUGUUUUGGGGACAUAAAACAAUGUAACACAGGACUGAACCUAGCGUUUCGCUUGUAUUAUAAGAAAGCAAGCACGGGUUGGCAGCAUUGUUAAUCAUGGUCAAUACCUCGAUGAUUACAAGAUAAGUUGUACUUUUUUGUAAAACCUUUUUGUAUUGUGUAUGAUUUGAAAAUAAAAGGCUCCCAACGUUUGGAUUACAAACAUGUUGCUUGUCCGUCAAUGAAAACCACCCCCCAUUUAAUGUCAGACUGAAUCAGAGGAACUGUCAAAGGGACAACGCGCACAAUAUGACCAGUUUCGCGAGUGGAGUGUACUGUCGUGUUGAAAGGGUAUGUCGCCACCUGCCCAUUGUCCUGAACACCGUACUGGUCUUCUCCAUCACUGCAGAAGUGAGCUAUUUGGUUCUGGUGGGAGCGCCCCUGGAAGCGGAACAGAAAAAGACCCAGUGGUCUACCGUGUGGAAGUCAUUACACCUGCUUGCACAAUACUUUAUGCUAGGAAACAUCACUUGGAACGCCUCACUCUUCCUCAAGACUAGCCCCAGCAUUCGGGGAGUGUUCCUUGGGGGAGAGGCAGUGGGACAAGGCUGGAGGUACUGCUACACGUGUGAGACGCACACUCCCCCGCGCUGCUCCCACUGCUAUGAUUGCAAGGCGUGUGUUCUGCGGCGAGACCACCACUGUGUGUUCUUCGGCCAGUGCGUUGGCUUCCGGAACUACCGCUACUUCCUGAGCUGCCUGCUGUUCAUGUGGGCGGGGCUUCUGUACGCGGUGGUGAUGAACGCUGAGGUCUUCAUCGUCAUCCUGAAGGAGGGGGUCAGCCUGCACAGUGUCCUGCUGCUGGUCAUGCCCUGGAUCAUGCUGGUCUCUGGCCAGGUGUCGGCACGGGCGUUUGGCUUUGCCUUCAUCGCUGACACCUGUGUGGUGGGCUUCCUGCUGGUGGCCUCCUUCCUCUUCUUCCACAUCUUCCUGCUCCUGCGAGGGCAGACGACCCGUGAGUGGUACUCCAACCGCCGGCCCUACAACCUGGGCGUGGUGGGCAACCUGCGCCACUAUCUCGGUCUCCGCUGGUACCUCUGUUGGCUCUGCCCCCUCAUCCCCUCCCCCCUGCCGGGUGACGGUAUCUACUUCCAGGUCACGGGGUCGCUGGAACCUGCCCGGUAACCCUGCGGUCAGUUCAUCAUGAAUGAUCUAGGAAAGCACUGUACUGUUUGCAUCAGCCUGUGGGUGGGGUGAUUUAUACCUGUUUGAGGUGCUCAGUGUUGCCCUGCCUUUACCCAGCUCCCUGCCCUGUAUGCUGGGAAGGCAGCUCUACAUCAGAGGCAGUAGUUUUCAUGGUAAAUCUGGUAUUUUGACCAAGUGUCGGAAGCAGCUCUAAAAAUAUGAUAUAAUAUACUGUUUACUUUCCUAGGCUUGUAUAAUCAGCCUCAUACUGAUUAUACAAGCCAGGGAAGGUAAACUGUGGAAUCUGCAGUGUUUACAUAGCCUUGGAGCUUUAAAGUAGAAUUGGAAUAUGACACUGAAUACAUUAAUGUUUUGAUUGAUGAUCAAUUGAUUCAAUGUUUAUCAAGGUCUCUUGUGGAAAUAAAUUCUGACUCAACCACGCCAUCUAUAGGUCAUCCAGUGACCAUACAGGAGUUGUCAGUCCUGCUGUUUUUAAUCAUCUGUUCUUAUAUUCUACAUACAGUAUGUGUGGGUGUUUGAUGAUGACACUCUUUCAUUAUGCUCUGGUCUCAUUUACAGUGCCAAUUUAGAUUACGGUUGUUUUUAAUGUGUUUUUCCCCCCAACGUUUGUCUUUGCCUUUUUGUAUGCACUCCUUGAUUGCAGCCAAAACAGAUGUGUAUCAUUUCCCUGUUGGUCAUUUCAACAUGGAAAAUUAUGUUGAUUAUCAGUAGUAUUUUGCUGACAUUUUCUGAAAAUACUGUAUUAUUUUGUUUGCCUUAUAAGGGUAAUAAAGGAUUAUAUUAGCCAUUGAAAUGUUUUGUUUUGUCAUACAUGGCCUGUAUAAUGUUUGUAGAUUAA